UGUACUGUAAGGUUAUGGCGCUAGUACGUCUUGCACACUGCACGCUGGGCGUAUCUCACUAUUCUCUAUCAGUAUUAGCAGGCAGAUCAAGAAUGUUGCGGGUUUGUGCAAGGCGUCUGUUAUGCACCAGUUCGACAGGUUCUCACAAGUCAGGCAAUUUCGAUCCAGACAAGGUAAUCCGAGUAACUGAGGGAAACUCCAUCAAGCGUGUGUGGAAGAUUCUAAGAGAUGAUGUCACAAAACUUCCAGGUCAGUCAGUCGCUGACAUUAAGGUCCCAUAUGAAACCGAUAUUGUCAUUAUUGGUGGUGGCAUCAUGGGCAGUGCAAUUGCAUACUGGCUGAAGCAAAGAAAUCCUAAAGGCUUCACUUGCACUGUUGUAGAACAGGACCCAAAAUAUACUCAGGCAUCAACAGUGCUGUCUGUAGGAGGCAUUCGUCAGCAGUUCUCCUCUCCAGAGAACAUUCAGAUGUCAAUGUUCAGCGCUGACUUCCUCCGGAACAUCCGUAAACAUCUGAGCGUCUUAGACAGUGAUCCACCUGACAUCCAGUUUAAUCCACAGGGCUAUCUAUUCCUUGCCUCUGAGGCUGGAGUACAGACUCUCCAGGAGAACCACACAAUACAGAAGGAACAUGGGGCCAAGGUGGUCUUGCUGAAUGAGUCACAGUUAAAGAGCAAAUGGCCAUGGCUUCACACAGACGGAGUAGUGAUGGGUUCUUAUGGUGUAGAGAAUGAAGGCUGGUUCGACCCAUGGUCCCUACUGAGCGCCUUCAAAAAGAAAGCCAUGUCCCUAGGAGUGCAGUACAUUAAAGGUGAAGUUGUUGGAUUCGAGUUUGAGAAGAUAGAGGGCGCCAUGCUUGCGGAGACCGAUGAACCAUACAUGAAGAGCAAGAACGUGCUUAUCAAGGCCGAUGAUGACAACGUCUACCCGCUGCAGUUCGCCAUCUGUGUCAACGCUUGCGGCCACAACGCCGGUAGCGUCGCCAAGAUGGCCGGAGUCGGCGCACACAAGACGCACUCGGUGCUCAAGGUCGGCCUUCCCGUCGAGCCACGCAAGCGCUACGUCUACAUGGUGCACGCGCCGACGGGGCCCGGCCUCGACUGCCCCGUGCUGAUCGACUCGAGUGGCUCGUACUUGCGCCGCGAGGGGCUUGCCGGCAACUACCUGAUGGGAGCGUCGCCGGCGAGCGACGACGAGCCGGAUACGAGUGAGUUGACGGUCGACUACGACUUCUUCAACAAUCGCGUGUGGCCCGAGAUCGCGCACCGCUGCCCGGACUUUGAGGAGCUCAAGCUGAAGUCGGCGUGGGCCGGCUACUACGACUACAACACGCUCGACCAGAACGUGAUCAUCGGACCGCACCCCGUGCAUGGCAAUUUCAUCUUCGCAAACGGCUUCAGUGGACACGGCAUCCAGCAGGCUGCUGCGGUGGGGCGAGCUGUUAUGGAGGUGUUGUUUGACGGCGGCUACAAGACGAUCGAUCUGACGCGUUUCGGGUUCGAGCGUGUCAUCGACAAUCGACCUCAGUUCGAGAAGUGCGUCGUAUGAGUGCUAACUACGUUUGGGCGCUUUUUUAAAGAUAGGCAAUUGUAAUGUCCCAUCCGUUUUAAAUGAAAAGAAGUGCAUUCGUGUGAAUGCUGAUAACCCAAAUCCAGGUUUUGGUGCUUGCAGGAAAGUGUCGCAUGUGCUUCAUGUGCGUUUUUAUGCUGCCAGAGAUGGUAAUGUGUUACGAGGCUUCAACAUGGCACAGAUUGAUUGUAAUGGAUCGUAGCAUGGUCUUCAUUGCACCAAGGUUUGAAACCAAAACCAAAAAAUUUAUAACAAAUGGUACUCGCUCUUGAUUUGCUACUUAAUGAUUUUGACUGUAUGCAAAUGUUUCGCAUAUAUAUAUAUAUAUAUCAAGAGUACAUAAUAGAGAAGAGUAUGACACCGUUUUGCAUAGUUUUCAA